CAGACAGAACGGGGCAACGACGAGAAGGAACCGGCCGGCGAGCAGAGGGAUCGACGAGUACCCGGCGUACGUUUGUGUUGUGCGCGCUGUCUUCGAGAUAGGCUCUUAGUGUCGCUCGAGAAGUUGUCCUUUGACGUUUCGUUGGUCCGCACGAGGGAAACGUUUCGUUUUUCACUGGAAACCCCCGGUUGAGCCUGUGUUUAAAAACUAGUAGAGAUGACGAUGGCAACGGAGACGGAGAACACCGGGCCGGAGAGCAAGGAGAUUAAGGACGUGAAAGAGAUGAAAGAGGUGCUGAAGAACGAAACGACGCCGGACAAUAAGCAAGAGGAGAAGGAUGCGGCGAAGAAGGAAGAAAGUGGGAAAAAAGAGGAGACAGCCGACGCCGCGGCCGCCGCGGCAUCCUCGGCACCGACGAAGGCCAUCAGCGUGCAUAAAACCAACUUCGAGAAGGACACUGUUUAUCUGUAUCAGUUCUCUCGAACACCGCUUCUGCCCUCCCUCUCGGCGUAUUGUCUCAAAGUGGAGACGUGGUUGCGACUCAACGGCAUCAAAUACGAGAAUGUGGAUCACAAGAUGAAAUUCCGUUCUAAGAAGGGCGUGCUGCCGUUCAUCGAGCUGAACGGUGAGGAGUAUGCCGACAGCAUGAUAAUCCUCCGCGAGCUAAGCCAGAAAUUCGGCAAAGACCUGGACGCUGCUCUGACGUCCGAGCAGCGAAGCGUCUCGCACGCGAUGAUAUCGAUGAUCGAGAACCACCUGGCCUGGGUGGUCAUGUGCUGGCGCACCAAAAAUCUCGAUCAGGUUCUGAAGGGGUACAAGGUGAACCUUCAGCACGUCCUUGGCACCCGCAUCCCCAACAGCAUUCUAAACUUCUUCUUCAAGCUCACGUUCGUGCGCAAGUGGGAUUUGUUACAGAGCGCGAAAAAGGUGAAGGCGCAGGGCAUGGGAAUGCAUACCCCCGAAGAAGUGUCCCAGUUGGGUUGCGCCGAUCUCAAGGUUCUCUCCGAUAUGCUUGCCGAUAAACCCUUCUUCUUUGGAGACGAGCCAACCACGUUGGACGUCGUAGCGUUCGCUCACCUGGGUCAGAUUCUGUAUAUCGACAAAGACACGUCGUACAGUCUGCGAGACUACAUGCAGGAGAACUGUCCGAAUUUGGUUGGACAUUGCUCGCGUAUGAAGGAGCGGUGCUUCCCGGAUUGGGACGAGAUCUGCUCCACCCUUGACAUGAACACGCAUCUACCAAAACCGGAGAAGCAAGAGGAAAAGGAGGGUACUAAAGAAGAGGGUAAUAAGGAGUCUAAAGAGGAGAAGGAGGGUGACAAGGAGAAAGCGGACAAGGAGGAAAAGGAAGUAGAAAAAGACGAAAAGAAGGAAGUUGACGAGAACAAAGAAAAGGAGAAAGAGGGAAAAUAAGGUGUCGCGUGGCGGCAGAAAGCAAAUAAGUUGUUCAAAGGGUAAAAGGCGAUUUAACUGUGGAAAAUUUAGGGUGUGAUCUGGAUAUGGGCGGGGAAAAAGGGAGAGACGAGGAAAGGGGUGGGUAAGGAUGCAUGCGUGUUCGAGAGUGUGUUUAUGUAUGUGUGGAUCUGCGAGUGCAUGCAUCGCGCGAAUGUCUGACGAAAAGCGAGAGAACGGGAGGGUGGUGUAGAGAGCAUACGAAAGUGAUUGACGGAGAGGAAAGGAGAGAAUGCACGAGAGACAUCCGAUGAGAGCAAAAGAUGGGAGGGGGAUUCAAGUCUAGAGCUCUCUACUUAUACGUAUAGAUAUUAAUAGACUCAUAAUGUUAAAUACUUCGUUUAUAUACGUUUGACACGUUACGCCAUUUCUCAUCGACACCCCAGCACACCCGAAUCGAACAACUGUUUCCGACCCAGGGCCUUUUUUCCUCUUCCUCCUCCCUCCCCCCCCGAAAAAAUAGCAAGAAAAGAUAAAAAAGAACAACAGAACGGGGCUAUCUCAUAAGUCAUUAGAAUUGUAGGUUUGCAAUAUAUCAAAUGCAAUAGCCUGACGCAGGUGUGAGAUCUUUAUGAACAGUGGCCAAAUGCGGAAUCGUACGAUGCAAUGAUACGUACGGUGUGGUAGUAGUUUACGAAGAAGAGCGAGAUCGUUUAUGAUUGCGAUAUACAUGAAAUAGCCGCCGCCCCCCCCCCCCUACCCCCCGGCGCCAAACCCUGAUUCUUGAUUCAGGGAGAAAAGCGCGUCUUGCGGUCGCUUCUACCAUUGGUUCUUACUGUGCAAAAUGAGUUAUGUACCUAGCGUUCCAAGCAACGUAUACCGUAUAUCACAUUAUGAUGAUCUUCGUUUAGUCGUGCUUAUUUUUUUUUUUUUGUAUUUGUACUAGCGCUUCGAAUCGCCGUUCGAUAGAGGAGACCCU